AGAGCCGGGUUACCUACCGAGACAAUAUGCAGCCAUUUUGAAGCGUUGAGUUACGGACGAAUGGUGUUAGUUUGAAAACUGCAGCAAUGUCGUCUGUGUGAACUCAUGUGACAGAAUGUGAAAAAGGAAAAUACUCUAUGGUUGUGUAGUUAGUAUAUUUUUAUUGCGUUUCGUGAUGCGCAAUAUAUAUUUAAUUUUAAUUGGAUAUCAAAGUGAUUUAUAUCUUUUCAAAGUGUGAAACCCGCGUCUCGUCUGAAACAGAAGGCAUGGAGUUGAUUCACGUUAAUCAAAGCAAGUGCGACUGUGUUGCUUUUCAUUGUUGCUCAAUGAAAAAAAUUCAAAAUUAUCGGAUGGACGUUAAAAAGUGUUCUGGAAUGUUGAAACUUUCUCUUAUCGGAUUGUUAAUUUUAUUUCAAAUAUCAUUUGUCUCUUCAUUUGAUAUUCAUAUAUCAGAAAAUGAUCCCGGUGGAACAGUGUUGUUCAACGCCACUCAAGGCGAAAACUGGAGUUACGAUAUCGAUGCAUUUUCUAGUAAACACACAAUGCCAUACAUACAGUUAGACUUUAGUUCGGGUAUUGUUUAUUUAAAACAACAACCAAAGUGUUCAAAAAUAAACAAUAAUAUUCUGGAAUUUAGAAUAAUUUCAAGACACCGAAUUUUAAAUUUUAUAACCAACCGAACGCUGACACCUGUGAAAGUGUUUUUGGAAGGUGAAAACUGUCGGCAUUUUAAUUCAUGGAAGUCACAAAGAUUAAAAUUAGACGGAACGCAUUAUAUUGUAACACAUAGUGAAAUAAAUAGAUGUAUUCCUGCAGGGCAGCAUAUCAUAUCUCUCUUAGAUUUUAUACCAGACAUUUACCAAAAGUGCUCUAUAAGCGUAGACAUACCUCGAACAUCGGACUACACUGUGAACCCAAACUCAUUACAAAUUAAAACUCUGUUAACACGGUGCUUUUUCAGCAGUGAAAUUUCUCUAGCUUUUAAUGUGCUUUUCUCAUGUCCAAAUCAUCAUACAUUUUUUGUGCCAUAUGAAGUCAUAAUUCAUCCCAAAGAUACCCAAAAUUAUUCAGCUUUAUUGCGGAAGUCGCGACGUUCUAGACGUGCCGUGGUGAACAACGCGCCAGUAUUUGACGAGACGGUGUAUGUGCGCCAUGUCAAGGAAGAUCAAGCGUCUGGAAUAAUCGUAGAGACUAUAACGGCUCAUGACGCGGACCAGGGAGACGAAGGAAUAAUAACUUACACAAUGAUACCGGAACGAGAUGAGCGGAGUUUAAGCAUGUUUGCGAUAAACCCGACAACGGGCACCGUCAAUACCACCAAACGUUUAGACAGAGAAUUAAUAGAAGUUCACUAUUUUCAAAUUAUUGCUUCUGAUCAUGGCCGAGAUGUCAAAACGGGUUCUACCAGUUUAAAAAUAAUUGUUGAUGAUGUCAAUGAUCACGCUCCUCAAUUCGAACAGAAGCAUUACAUUAGAAAUAUUUCUGAAAAUCAAGAGGUUUUCACCGACUCAAACAUCCUAACGGUUCGUGCAACAGAUCUCGAUGUUGAAGAAAAUGCGGAUAUCAGAUAUAGUUUUGUGAAUCCCACAAAUGACUUUAUGAUCGAUCCAUUACGCGGCAUUAUUACUAAUCUCGUUAAACUUGAUCGUGAAACCAAAUCCAAAUAUCAACUGGUUGUUCAAGCCAUUGAUCAAGGGGAGAUAAGCACUAGAAAGACAAGCUCCGCCACUGUUGACAUCAAUAUUUUAGACGUGAAUGAUAACAAACCUCAAUUUUCCCAAGCUUCGUACGUGGUUAGUGUAAGGGAAGAUAUCGAUAUCACAAACCAACCUGUUAUUCUCAACGUCACAGCAACAGACAGAGAUGAAGGAUCCAAUAAGGAAAUUCGCUACAGUUUGACGGGAAAUGUCAUGCAGACAUUCAUCAUUGAUAGCUUAACCGGUCAGAUUCACGUCAUUAAAUCUCUCGAUUAUGAACAAUUCCCGAAAUAUCGUUUAACUGUUCGAGCGGAAGAUAGCGGAAACCCAUCACAGAAAAAUUCCACAAAUAUUUUGGUACAGGUGAUUGACGUGAACGAUAAUGCCCCACAAUUCCACGGUCACAUAUAUCAGGAAUCUGUGGACGAGAAUGCGCCUCUUCAGACCCCUGUUGUUCAGUUGUUGGCAUUUGACCUCGAUUCUGGUCUUAAUAAGGAAAUAUCGUACAGUAUUAUUGAUAAACCAGUAGAUAUGCCAUUUGAGAUUAACGAAAAAUCAGGAUGGGUUUCAACUACGGGAAAACUAGAUCGAGAAAAGUCUCAGAAAUAUGAAUUCAAAGUCAAGGCAAGUGACAAUGGUGCCAAUGUUUUAACCGCUACGACAAGCGUUGUCAUAACAGUUCGGGACAUCAAUGACAAUGCUCCCAUAUUUAAGCCGAGAUUUUAUGAAACGACUUUGUCAGAAGAUUCAAGAAUUGGUUCUCCAGUUAUUACAGUAACAGCCAUUGAUAAAGACGAGGGGGAUAAUGGUCAUGUGAUCUAUGACAUCAGUGGGGGUAACACGGGUCGAACAUUUCAGAUAAGCACAAGCAAUAAUAUGGGAGUUAUUACCCUUCAGAAAAACCUGGAUGCCCGAAUUCAAAAUCGUUAUGCCUUAUCUGUUACCGCUCAAGAUCCAGACGGUAACCUUGACACCACAGAAGUCUUCAUCAACAUCUCGGACACUAACCGGUUCCAACCAGAAUUCCAGGGUAUACCAUAUCAAUUCAGUGUCGAUGAAGAUGUCAAUGUCAGUACAUCCGUUUUCAAAGUUUUUGCUUUGGACAAAGAUCGCGGAGAAAAUGCCGACAUAACAUACAGCUUUCUGGGUGUUGUUUCAGAUUUCUCCAUCGAUGCCAAUACAGGUGAAAUCAGAAUAAUUCAAGCCCUAGAUCGCGAGACCGGUCCGGCUUACACAUUGACAGUGACAGCAAGAGACAAUGGCAAUCCGGCACAAAGUGACACAACUGAUAUUGACAUAAUUGUCAGGGACAUAAAUGAUAACAAACCCGAAUUUUCAGAAGUGGUUUACACUGGUACUGUGAAAGAAGACAUUUUGGUUGGACGUCGCGUUAUUCAGAUUACCGCUAAGGAUAGAGAUAAAGGCCCAAACGGUCAAAUCUAUUACACAUUUACUGGUGGCAGUGAUGGUAAUGGAGACUUUAAUAUUGACCGUGCUCUUGGGGUUAUUCGUGUUGCCAAGGAAUUGGAUAGAGAACGUAUUGCAAAUUACAACUUGGUGGCUCUGGCUGUUGACGAAGGUGAACCCCGUCUUUCAACAUCUGUUCACAUCAAAUUGAAAGUAGAGGAUGUAAACGACAAUCGACCAAAGUUUGAAGCAGAUACCAUUGAAGUUGGGGUUCUUGAAAACAGUCCAAUUGGCACAACUCUUGCAAAGAUCACUGCUGAGGAUCCAGAUGAAGGAGUUAAUGCCCUUGUUGAAUAUAAAUUUGUAGGUGGAGCUGAUGCCGAUUUGUUCGAUUUAGUUGGUAGACGUGGUGACCCAGCCACAAUUAUAACGAGAACAGAUUUAGACUACGAAUCCGAUAAGAAGCAAUAUGAGAUUAUUAUCCGAGCAGCCUCCGACACCCAGUUCUCUACUGCUACUAUUUUGGUUAAUGUACAAGAUGUCAAUGACAAUCCGCCCAUCUUAAAAGAUUUUACGAUCAUCUUCAACAACUAUGCGGAUACUUUUCCUUCAACAUCGAUUGGACGUAUACCAGCAUUUGAUCCCGAUGAGACGGACAGACACCGCUUGGAAUAUCGGUUUAUAUCUGGAAACGGCGCCAAUUUGUUGCAUUUGAACACCACAUCGGGAAGAGGGGAAAUUACUCUAGAUCCACGUCUAAAUUCCGAUGUACCAAGAAAUGGAACCUUUGUUGUCAGUGUUUCGGAUGGUAAGAACACCGUAAGAGCAACAUGUCGUCUGUACGUAAGACUGAUAACACGUGACAUGUUACUGAACAGUGUCACCAUACGAUUAGAUAAGAUGACACAAACAGCCUUCCUGUCUCCGCUCUUCAGAUUCUUCACUGAUGCUCUGGCCACCAUCUUAAAGACCGAGAAAGACAACAUCUUUAUAAUCAAUGUACAGGACGAUACAGAUGUCACGGCUCAGAUAUUAAACGUGACAGUGUCGGUCAGACAGACGGUUAAGAUGAUACAAGGUUCAAGUGUGGAUGUUUUUUAUUCGUCAUCGUAUUUGCAGGAACAUAUCUACCUACAGCGAGUUCCAUUGGCUAAUUUAUCGACUUUACAGGUUUUACCGUUUGAUGAUAAUCUGUGUAUGAUGGAACCAUGUACUGACUUUGAGGAUUGUAAAUCAACAUUAGUAUUUGGGAGUGCUCCCCCCUUUAUCAUGUCAGACACCAUGUUAUUCCGACCAAUCCAUCCUGAAAAUGGCUACAGAUGUGUAUGUCCCCAAGGUUUUAUAGGAAUGAAUGCGACAAUUUUUUGCGAUACUGAAGUAGAUCUGUGUUAUUCACAUCCUUGUUUAAAUGACGGAGAGUGUUUUCAGGAAGAAAAUGGCUAUACCUGUAUCUGUAAAAAUAACUUUGAAGGUAAAAAUUGUGAGGUCAACACGACAGCUAAAUUCGAUGUUUUAAGUUGUCCUAAUGAUAUGUGUCAAUCCCCGUCAUAUUGUAUUCCUUUAAUACAAGGUGGUUUCCGUUGUCAAGGAUGUCCUGAAGAUGAGAAUUACGAUAAAUUUUGUCGACUUCGUACCCGUAGUUUUUCUAGAGGAUCAUCCCUAACCUUUCCUUCACUAAGAAAACGACACAGAUUUGUGGUAGAACUCAGUUUUGCUACACAAGAAAAGAAUGGAUUGUUGUUUUAUAAUGGCCGAUUCAAUGAGAAGCAUGAUUUUAUAUCACUGGAGAUAGCUGAUGGACAGGUUACGUUUUCCUUCUCACUGGGUGGCAGUAUAACAAGUGUGUUUCCUUAUGUAGAGGGAGGUGUUAGCAAUGGCCAGUGGUGGAAAGUAAAAGUAGAAUAUUUAAAUAGGCAAGCAACGGUAACAGUAGGAGAGAAUUGUGAUACAGAGAUCUCCGUCAGAUAUGGUCAGACUCUAGGAAAUUAUUCUUGUGCUGCUCGAGCUGUUCAUAUUUUACACGAAAAAUGUAAAAAUCCAGUUGUGUUCUGUCACCGGUUUUUGGACUUAACGGGUCCACUGCAGAUAGGUGGUUUGCCAGGAUUACCAACUGCCUUUCAAGUUAAAAGUCGGAACUAUGUUGGAUGUAUUGGGGAUUUUUAUAUUGAUAAAGUUUUACUGGAUUUAAAUACCUCUGUAGCUGACCUAGGAACAGAAAAAGGAUGUCCUCCUAAAAUAGAACAAUGCAAAUCCUCACCUUGUAAAUUUGGAGGUACUUGUAAAGAAGGGUGGAAUACUUUUAUGUGUAAUUGUCCAGAGAAAACUGGUGGCAAGGAUUGUUCACAAGUGAUAGAAUCGAGUAAAGAAUUGGAUGGUACAGGUUAUCUCGAAUACAGUAAUUUAAAUACUCCACCAGUUAACUUUCCCUGGUAUAACAGUCUAGCUUUCAGAACACGAUCGUAUAACGGUACUCUUAUGCAGAUUAUUCUCUCACAAGGUGAAGUGAGAAUACAGUUAUUGGAUGGCAAUGUUAUUUAUGGCGGUUGA